CUAACAAAUUCCUUCCAGCUAAAAUAUCCCUCUACAUCCCCCCUAUCCUCACCCCAGGUCCCUCCAAAGUUCCCUUCCUUGUCCUCUUCUAAAAUUUAGCUAUCUCCUAAACCUAUUAACAUAAUAUUGUGGAACAGAGGUUAAAAAUAUGGUUCAAAUUUUAAUAACCGGCUUGAAAUAGCUGGGUUUUGGAGUAAUGGCUUAUUUGGGCUACAUGGUCUAUGUGUUGUUAGUGUACCCGUAUUUUUGUUGGAGGAGGUAUAAAAAAUACAGCAAUGUGUAUACGACAGAGGAGUUUAUUCCUGUGCUAGGGGAUCUGAAAUGUAUCAAUGAUGAUUUAAACCAAGGAAGAGUGCAUUACUAUGAAAAGAUGCAGAAAGCUACAGAGAUGAAAGGUAAAGAUCUUAGAAUGAAGUUUGAAGGAUAUAGUCCUCUUAUACUUAUUCAAUCCAUUAAAGCACUUGAAGAGUUUGCUAGGCUUGUACCUUCGAAGAUUGAUAGAUUCAACACCGGAAGAGGUCUGAGCAAGGUUUUGAUAGGCACAUUCUUGUUUGAGAGGAGUAUCAAGAGGACUAUGAUGAGAAGAAAGAUACUCACAAGCUUCUUGAGUCUUAAUAGUUCAUCUAGACAUAUCCCAGUGAUGAUGAUAUAUACAAUUGAGAUUUUGAAGCCUUUGAAACAAGGACAGAGUUAUGACUUCAUCGAGCUUGCUAAUAUCCUUACCUUUAAUAUCUUCACUAGUGUCUUGUUCGGAGAUGAUAUGGUCGAUCUGGCUAAUAAAGUAAGGCCUUAUAAAAAUCCAGAUGGGACUACAUCAAUGGUCCCAUUGAGAGAUAUCAUGAUUAACGUGUUUAAAAGUUGCUUUAUGCAGAUUUUUCAUCCUUUGACUGCAACUUUAAAGCCUAUCGCAGAUGCAAAUAUUGUGAAUCCUUUUAAGAGAGACAAUGAGAAUAGACUCACAUUUAUCGAAGGAAUGAAGGAACUCUACAAUAACUGUAAGGAUGAGACCUCUAUCUGUAAGCCGAUCUUGAAGAAUGAGCAGAUUACUGAGCAUGAAAAGAUAUUAGAUCUAAAUACGUUCAUCUUCGCCGGAGCUGAAACUUCUUCACAUGGAAUUGUAUCGACUCUCUUCUUUUUGAAGAAAUACCCCGAAAUAUUUGCGAAAUUAAGAAAAGAGAUCCAAGAUGCUGGGAUCAACAAAGAGACUGUCUCCAGUGAGAGCUUGACUAGAGAGAAGAUUGAAGAGUUGGACUACCUCUCAUGCGUCAUAAAAGAAGGACUUCGGAUUGAUGGUCCAGCUUCUGAAUCGUUCUUUUACAUUGCAAAACAAGAUAUUGAGAUAUGCGAUGUUCCUAUUCCCAAAGGAUUACCUAUCAAAGUCGAUUUCACUGUUGGACAUUACAAUGCAGAGUACUGGAAAAACCCUUGCGAUUUUAUCCCAGAAAGAUAUGAUCAAGAUUCAGAGUUCUAUAAGCAGGUUGAAAAAGAAGGAAAAGUUGGUCUUGGAUUCUCUACCAGACCCUUUUCUCAUAGAAUCAGAGCCUGUCCAGGCCAAUCAUUUGCAGUUCUUGAGAUGAAAGUAGCUCUUAUUGUCAUUCUCACUCUGAUCGACUUUGAAGUCGAUCCAAAAUUAUUAGCAAAGGAAGGAAUAGGAUUUGGAGUUGGUAGCAAGAUCAUACCAUCUUUUAAAAUUAGCUGCAAAUGAAAUUGAGGUUCCCUAGUAUUCUUUGAAACUUCAAUCUAG